UCUAUUUUGUCCACAAAUUUGAUUAGACAAUUUAUUCCGUACAGAUUAAGUAUUUUCUUCUUCUUCUUCUUCUUCUUCUUCUAUUUGGUUUAAGCCGGCGUAUACAGGCUUUCGAGACUUAUUAAGUACCAGUUAAUGAAAUUCCAUUCCUACCAUAUUCUUUGUCAAUUGUGCAUGUUAUAGCUCGUUCUUCCUGCAUUUCAUUAACCAAAGUCCUUAUCAUCAUCGUUGCACUUCCCGCAAAAACGUUCGACCGGGCCACGUGUACGUUAUGACACGAGAAACCGCACCGGUGUGAUGGUUCCCUGACGUGACUAUUUGUCCGACUGACACGACGCUUUAGAAGGAACAUGAUUCCCGUGCGGUUACGGCGCUUGAUAUCGCGGGGUGUAGAAUUUCUCGCACCUAAUCAACGUGCCCUAGAGCGCGUUUUGCCCGAGAUUGUCAAACGAGCGGAUGGAUUGAUCAGUGGCAGUAGCUUCUUGCAGGUGAAACACCCAGUAGCAUCGUGGCAGAUCACAUCGAAAACGCACCGAUCAACAGUUUCACGACUCCCCUCCAGCACCACCAACGUUGCGAUUGCAACAUUGUUUAAGGCCGCCACGGGAUCGGUAUGCAUGCGUCCCUGCACUGCCCACACUACCCGCGAUCAUUAAAACUACAUCAAUCAGCUCGCCCGCCCACCCGUGAAGCAGCAGCAAGGUGUCAGGUCUAUGUUGUGCCCGUGGCGCGCUAACCGCACGACAUGUGCCCGGUGGUUUUGGCACCCUUGCCCGAGCGGGCCGAGAUUAUUUAUCAUUUUCAUCGCCACCUUGCAUACCCGCUGCUACCGGCCUGACACUUGACGUAUUCAUUAGAUUGCCAUGCAAAUAGCCCGCGGAACUCGGGCCGCCGGGGAACGCCUUCUAUGCUGCUGAUUUGCAAUGCAUUAAGGGGGACAACCCCCGAUCUAGCUAGCCAAGUUGCUGCAGCAGGAGCAUAAAUAAAAAAACAAGCAAUUCCUUGUCGUGAAGUUAUCCUUCGCAUCUAACGAACCGAUCUUACAUGCACACCAUUUGCAUUGAUUGGGGAGGGGGCUGCACCGGCCCAAACCAGCCCAAGGGCACCGGACGCAUGAGCUACAAGCGCACGCUUGCUGAAUACAUGCUCGAAUCGAGCGCUUCGGCUAAUAAAAACGCACCUACGACCAGGCAACAACAUCUCACUGGCCACUGGCGUCGCGGCCUUUUGGGUUGGUAUACGGAGGCUGACGGAGGCCUGCACGCCAGCGUUCUAAUCUUACCCGGGGGAAUUUUUAAAAAGCGAGAACCAAAACUCCCGACCGUCGAUAAUGAAGAGCGGAACGGGAUUUCUUUCGUUUAAUUAGCAGGGUUCCGCUUUUGUUCUUUUACUUGCGAGUGCGUAAUCUCUUGCGUUUCGCUUGACGUGGUAGAAAGAAUUGGGAGAUAGCACAGAUGAACCGAUACCCUUCGCUAGCCCUACGGCACGGACACGGUCAGGGAAGGUCACGGCAAAGUUUGAAGUGUUUCCGGGAAGUUGAGGCUGUUCCUAAUGCUGACGAAAUGGAACCGCACGGACAAUCGCAGCAGGCGUCAUAACCGUAUAUCCCUCGCAACGCACAAUCGCACGAUCACAGUAGCCAGUGGAACCGACCACACAAGUUUACCCCUUGAAAACCCGUCAUGUCACGAAACGAAAUUAAAAAGUCGAAAAUACCGAAACCAUGUCCGACCGAGCAGGAGCUCGGCCGGGAGGAAGAACUCCUCGACGAAACGAUACCGCCGAGCGAACUGUUCCACUGUACCAGCUCACUGCUGGCUAGCGAAUCGCUGUACACCGCCACGAUCAACGGGCAGGAGUGUCAGCUUCCGUUCGAAGUGCUGCCGGAAGUGUCCUCUUCCGUCGUGAAUCUGGAGGAUACGGCCAUCUCGCGCCAACCAUUUCCCUGUCCCGCCGGCGGGUGCCGGCAGCCGUGCUGCUUGUUUAUGUUCGCCACACACGUCGCCUUCGACCACCAGGAGGUGCUGGUGGACACACUGUGGCCGGGCGAAACCAACACCAUCCUGAUCGACCCGUACACGGAACCGACCGACCAGCCGCGCUGUCACAGGCUUCUGCUUCUUAGUGGCAAAAUAAGAGGACUUGGCGAUGGGAAGCAUCGGGAUAAGCUGCCGUUUGCGCUGAUGUCGUCGAAAUGUUCGCUCCACGGUUCGGACCGGCUGGUGCUGUGGAUUACCGGUCCCGACGCGGGCGAUGGCCACCGGCAGCAGUACACGCUCGAGGCGGGAAAGAACGAAUCCUCCCGGCUGGUGAUGUACGCGGUAGCCUUCAGCGGUGAGAUCGUGCCGCUGCACGGUUCGCAGGACGCGGCGGAGCUGCACCGGUCCGGCGCUGGGCUGGUCGUACCCGAGCAGCAGCUAGACUUUCUUACCGACAGCCGCACGAAGCUUCUGGAAGUUUGUGUGCAUUUCUAUUGAUAACCGGUCGGACGGUCGGGCGUGCAAUGCAAAUCGUGCCUUUUUGCCGGUGGACUUGCGCGAAUAAUUCAUCAGGAAACGCCUCCCUCUCGCGGGAAAAGGGUUCGGAUGGUUCGCAGUUCAUGCUGUGGCCCCCGGGGGUGCAUGGGGUUAAUUUGGGUUUCGGUGAAAUGGUCAAUGGCGCACACAUCCAUUAGCAUCGUGUCGAGAAGCAGUAGUAAAAAUCGUUGCCUGAAACGUGA